AUGUCGGAUGAAGUGCCAAAUACGCCUCCGGAUGAGCCGGAAGCCGAGGUCCAAGCCGAAGUGAAAGUCGCAGAAGAGCUGCAGGCGACUGAACCCGAAGUGAAAGGUGAGAAAAUGAAAAUGUUGCGAAUAACUGUAGAAAUUACAGAAAACGUCGAGGAAAACGUGCCCACUCAUGUUUCGGCGAUUCCACCGGCUCAAAGCGCGUUCGUUCGAAUGCGCGGACUUCCGUUCAACGCCACCGAAAAGGAUGUCAAAGAGUUUUUCGACGAUUUGCCCGUAGAGAAGGUGAAAUUUGUGGUUGUGCACGGGCGGCCGAACGGAGAGGCCUACGUGGAGUUCAAGAGCCGCGAGGAUGCCACCGUGGCGAUGGGAUACGAUCGCAAGGAAAUAAACAAACGCUAUAUAGAGCGUAAGUGCUUAAAAACUGGGAAAUGUUCUAAUGUUUUUGCUCUCAGUCUUCUCCGCCGCCGCCAGCGAGGCCGAAUUCGCAAUGAGACCCGACCCGGCCGGGUCUCAAGACGAAAACCACGUGGUACGUCUGCGUGGAAUUCCGUGGUCGUGCACAGAAGACGAUAUUCGCAACUUCUUCGAUGGUGAGUCCGAAAAAAAACCCGAAAAUCUGGGCAUUUUGCGCUAAAAUGUGAAUUUUACCCUCUUCCCCCAAAUUAGCUCCUACGGGCCCUAGUUUCCUCUUCUCCAGGGCUAGAACCACCACCGGCGGAAAUUGUGAUCGGCGGGACGGGUGGGCCGAAUCCACGACCAUCGGGGGAGGCUUUCGUACGAUUUUCGACGGGCGAGGCGUCUCAGAAAGCAAUGGAGUACAAUAAGAGGCAUUUGGGAUCGAGGUGGGUCGGAAAUGAGGCGAAAAUAGUUCAAAACUGUUGGAAAUGCUGGAUUUUCCUCGCACUUUUCGCGAAAAUUUCAAAAUUUCGCAUUGCAGAUAUGUCGAAGUUUUCCAAUCGACAAUGGUCGAGUUGAAUCGCUCGAAAGGACAUACCAGUAAGCAUUACAAUUCCAAAAUUUCAAAUUCAAAUGAUUUCUCUAGAUUCCGGACCUCCAUCGUCCUACGAACGCACCGGAAUACGUCCUCUGAUGAGUUUGGACCGUUCGGACACUGGUUACGGUGCUUCCGGCGGUUACGGUAACAGAGGGUACGGUAGCGGAGGCGGCGGCGGAUAUGAGGAUCAGCGAUACGGAGGAGGGCAGGAUUACGGUAGUCAGGGAGGAUACGGUGGUGGUGGAGGAGGCUAUGAUCACUACGGAGGCGAUUAUGGAGGUGGAAGCGAUCCGUUCCGAGUGAGAAAAUGCGAAAGCUUGUAUAUUUUAACUAAGUUUCCCCAAUUUCCUGCAGAUUUACAUGCGCGGCCUGCCGUACGACGCCGACGCCCACGCAAUCGAGGCGUUCUUCUCGCCGAUCCGCUGCUCGUCGGUCAAAUUGGGCAUCAACGACACGGGACGUCCGUCCGGCGACGCCAUCGCCGAAUUCGACAACUACAACGACAUGGUCGCCGGAAUGGCGCGCAACAAUCAGAGAAUGGGACGGAGGUAGGGCAAAGCGCGAAAAAUUUCUUAAGUCCUUGCAUUUUCUAUCAAUUCCGAAUUAAAAUGAGCACUUUUCCAACAAAUUUGUAAAACAAAUCCUUUGCGGCUUUCUCACAUGCUUCUCCACUAAAUUCCCCCCUUUUUUCAGAUACGUGGAGCUGUUCUACACGCGCGACGCCCCUGGCCCAAUGAAGCGUCUUCUUUGGCGGGAAACGAGCGGUCCGAACCAAUCAGCGGCGCCCAUCCCUGACCCGGUUCUUUCCGGUCGACGGGGAGGGGGUCCACCGCCGGCGCCCCGAGGAGGGGACUCGUACCGAAGCGGAGGGGCACCGCCACGGGACGCCUGGGGACCGCAGAGACCGCAAACUCAGAGGGGAUACGAAGGAGGUGGAGGAAUGAGAGGCGGACGAGCUCCACGGUCGACGCCGCGGGCAGAGCCGUGGGGCGGAUACGGAGGUGCUGCACAGGCGGCCCCAGUUCACGGCGGAUACGAUCAGGGUAAGAGAAUCAAGGAGAAUCGGCAAAAUUUCACUUUUCAAAGCAAAAAUUAAACUGUUCGAAUUUUCAAUGCAAUUUUGCAGGAUACGGAGGCGGCCACAACGGAGGAUGGGAAUCGUACGGAUCUGGGGGCGGAGCUCCACGUGGCGGAUACGGUGGUGUAGGCGGCGGAGCAGGAUACGAUAGACAGAGAGAGCCGAGAGACUCGGGAUCUUCGUGGACGCAGGCACAAGGAGCCUAUGGUGGAUGGGGAGCUGGAGAUCAGCGAGGAGGCGGAGGGUAUUAG